AUGAACUUCUCAGAUGACGAUGAACAGAUGAAAUUCGAAAUCAAAGAUACUAAUGGCAAGACGUUCAAUGUGUUAUACAACGCGAUUCUGAAAUCAGCCACUUGUUCAUGCAAGCAUUUUGAACUGCAUGGGUGGCCAUGCAGACACAUAUUCGUUGUAUUGAAGGACGUGAAUGUUGAAGUUAUACCGAGUGCACAUAUUAUAUCAAGAUGGACGAAAAUGGCCAUUUUGGACCCAACGUUCUGCAUUGUUGAUGGUAUAACUGAACAAUGUGCUCAAAUUGAUGAUAGAAAACUCAUGGUGAAUAAAUUGUGGUCUGACAUACAUCUAUGCAUGGGACUGGUCGAGCCAUCCAUGGACCGCCUUGUCGAGUUUUCAAGAAUUAUUGUAAACCACAAGCACAAGUUGGUGACUGAACAGGAGGAUGUACCGGCCGGGACGAAAGAGCGUCGAUUUGAAACGUUUGUCGGCACGUCUAUCCCUCUGGAGGUGAACAUACACCCUCCGGCCAAAUCAAAGAACAAGGGCAGCGGGAAAAUGAUGAAAAGCGGAAAGGAGGAAGCAAUCGAAAAAUCCUUAAAAAAGAGACGUAUAUGCAAGACAUGCGGUGAGAGGGCAGGUCACAAUGCCCGGACGUGUCUCAAGAAACAAUGA